GCGGCAGUCGGCUGAGCCUGCACCUUCGUCCUUGCGGAGGCGGCGGUGGCGGCGUCAUCGCCGAAAGUGACAGCGCUCCGGAUUACCCGCCGAGCGCUGCGGCAGUGCGGAGCAGGGAGGCGGCGGCGGCGGCGCUGCACGCGGCAAGAACCCUGUUGGGCGCGGGGGUGGCUAACCCUUGCUCGCCCACCCCCGAGCCGCCCUUCUGGAAGAUGCCGCAUAAAGAAGAGGACUUGAUGCACGGGGGUGGUCCGGGUAUUGGCGGGGGUUCUAUGGUCGGACAGAACUCAAUAUUUGGGUGUUCGGCUGCAGGACACAGCGGGGUUAACCAACUUGGCGGCGUUUACGUCAAUGGCCGACCAUUGCCGGACUCCACGAGGCAAAAGAUUGUCGAGCUGGCCCACAGCGGGGCCAGACCAUGCGACAUAUCGCGCAUAUUGCAGGUCAGCAAUGGAUGCGUCUCCAAGAUCCUCGGCAGGUAUUAUGAGACCGGCUCGAUCAAGCCACGGGCGAUCGGCGGCAGCAAGCCACGGGUGGCGACAACUCCUGUGGUCAACAAAAUCGCCGAUUACAAACGGGAAUGUCCCUCGAUCUUCGCCUGGGAAAUUCGCGAUCGGCUUUUGCAGGAGGGCGUUUGCAAUAACGACAAUAUACCCAGCGUGUCGUCCAUUAACAGGGUGCUCAGAAAUCUGGCCUCGCAAAAGGAGCAACAGGCGGCCGCGGUGCAGGCGCAUCAGGGUGCCGAGAGUGUCUACGACAAGCUGAGAAUGUUCAACGGGCAGGCAGCGGGCUGGCCGCCAGCGUGGUAUUCGGCGACACCUUCCCAUCACCCCUUGGCCACGGGAAUUCCAACCGCAACUCCCGGAUCCGGCCAGACUCUCCUACCCGGUAGCCAGCUUCACGGGCGUGACGACUCCUUGCUGAAACGAAGCGACACCGGUUCCCUAUUGUCGCAUCAACAGGAGACAACUUCGGAUGGUAACUCGGAGCAUAACUCCUCCGGGGACGAGGACUCGCAGGUGCGGCUGAGGUUGAAGAGGAAAUUGCAGCGCAACCGAACUUCCUUCUCUAACGAACAGAUAGACAGCCUCGAGAAAGAAUUCGAGCGGACACAUUACCCGGACGUGUUUGCACGGGAGCGUCUCGCCGAGAAGAUCGGAUUACCUGAGGCACGUAUCCAGGUGUGGUUCAGUAAUCGUAGGGCGAAGUGGCGUCGAGAGGAGAAAUUACGGAACCAGAGGAGGGCGGCCGUCGAUCAGGUGGUUGCCGGCGGCAGCGGCGGGGGUAGCAGCGGCGCCGCACCCCCCGCGGCCACCCCCGCUACGCCACGGUUGCCCUUAAACGCCGGAUUCAACGCCAUGUACUCGUCGAUACCGCAACCAAUCGCCACCAUGCCCGACACGUACAGCUCGAUGUCAAGCAGCCUGGGCGGGUCAAUGGGUGGAAGCUGCCUUCAGCAACGUGCCGAGGGCUACCCGGCGUACGUAUUCCACGAGCCGCUUCAUUCGCUCACGCAGUCUUACUCUCACGCGCACAGUGCGGCCGCGCACUCGCAACCUCACCGUGGCAUCCCGACGUCUCACGGCGGCACCCCCACGACGCCUGGAGGACAACCCGGUCCAGGUGGAGCACCCUACCAGCCGACGACCUCGACCGCGACCGGCGUGAUAUCGGCUGGCGUCUCGGUGCCGGUGCAGAUCCCGUCGCAGACUCCGGACCUGGCGGGCAACUAUUGGCCAAGGCUCCAGUGAUCCCAGCUCUUCGGGUUCCCGCCCGCGAGCUUGCUCGUAGGCCAGGAGAGCCCGCCGCCGCCGAGCGCCACCCCGGGCGCGGUGCCUCGACCGCUCCUCGCGUCCCUCGGGAUACCGACGCAGUCGACGCAGCAUCAGGCCCCGAGCACACCGGCGACCACUCCCGUGCACAAUUCCGACACCAGUGAGUGAAUCGACCGAUAUUCUCGUGCGACGCGCCACGCGCUAACCCUCAUCGCGCAGAGACUCGCCCUGUCCAACUGAGAGACGGCAGGGCGCGAUGUCGCCGUUCGCCGACGGCGAGGCGAGCCGUCGCGACGCCCACGGACGAGAGAUAGAGACGCGCGAGGAACGCCACGAGGGAGGGCAGGUCCGCUGCGAUAAAGCGUGACGCCGUGUGAUCGCCGUUCGAGGACGUGCAGUUAGUGCAUUGCGCUGAUGCGUGGGACGGACCCGACGAGUGACGACGCGCAAGUGCUCGAAAUUUCCCUCCGUCGUCUCGUAAGUCGAAGAGAAGUCUCUUUCGUUCGAUACCGUCGGCUAUCUCGCGGCUUCCGGGGGAAGUCGCGAGGCCUGCCUUCUUACCGGGAACGUUGUCCGUCGAGUGCAUGCUUCGUGAACGAUGUCGCGCGCGAGCGACGGGAUGACGACCGACCCGGGACGGGUACUCGAUUGUCCACCGGUGCCAAUGAUACCACUCGCCUCGACCGUACUUACGAUCUUGCCGCAAACCGAAUGAAUGACUCGCGUGCUCGAACGUUUACGACCGUCAAUUUUCUCAAAGGCAAUACCACCUAUCUACACACGAAGCUAUUAGGUUAGAGGAUAGGAUAUAUAGGUUUCUCCCCUCUUCUCCCCCACAAUUUGUAAGUUUGCCAACGCCCGCAUUGACGAUCGUAAUGGGACACAUUCACCGUUACGAAAUUUUGCACGAGAGCGGCGGCAGGCUACUCGUCGCAAUUAAGUUCUCUCCUUCUCUCUCGAGAUCGAAUGGAAAAAGGUUCUUCUUCUUCUUCUUUUUCUUCUUGCUCUUCUUCUUCUUCCUUGGCCAAUAAGCGGAUUACACGCGGGGGCGGAAUUUCAAACAGACGGCAUGAUCAAUUUUUGCAAACUCGAGCCGCGGAGAGCCGAUCGACAUUACACAUCUCUUCCACUUCGUGUCUGAUCUAGAUUUCGUAGAUGUAUACGCAUGAUCCGGGUCACGCAGGGUACUUACCUAUUCGCGAUAAUAUGUGCGAACGGAUUCGCACUCAGGUUACCGUCGCAAUCACGUCGGGAAGCUGCGCGUGGUAAAAUCACGAAACAUUUAAGUCGUCAUCGAAUCCACCAUGCUCCCUCGUUUCUCCCCGGGAGAGAUAACGGGGAGAGAGAUUCUCAGGGCGCACACGGCGAAAGAUUGAUUUACCGCGCAUCCGCCGAUGAAUAAUUUCUUUCUUUUUUUUUAUUUUUUUUGCACCACACACGGGCGGAUCUUUUUAACAAGCGCGGCGGCGGCGGCGGCGUAACGCCGGUGAGGUUAUUUUUCAUUCCAUCCCGCGCGCGCAAAUUCUCCCUUUUAGUUUCCCCGAAAGUCGAUCGAUGUCAAGAGCAUUCAUUAAAUUUACAGGCGGGUUCUCGUUUUUCGCUAUCGGGGAGCUUUAUUACCGGAUUUAUUGGAUACCGCCGGGCGCAUAUUGUUUGCCGCGCGUUGUAUCGGUUUCCGGCAAAUAUUUUCCUUCGUGUAAGGGCGGCCGCGAACCGCGUGGAAAUUGAAAGGGAGCCGCAGACACGUAGGCAGGCUCCCGCGCCCCGGAAUAUAUUCUCGCGAGAGUUUAGGGCGUGCGGCGCGCGCGGAGGCGCACGAUGAGGCUGAUUUCGUUGCGGGAGGGAACGCUCUCGACGGGGGUUGAUAGCUGCCGGAGGGUGGCUUUUUUCGACGGGGCCGGCCAUCGUGUCUGCCGGCAGAUAUGGCGCCGGAAGACACCACUCUCGGGAGGACGCGGUCUCCCUGUGCGUCUGCCUCCGUUCGUGAACGGCGAACAUCGAUCGCGACCGGCCGAAAACACCCGGCAGAAUCCCCGUCCCCACAUUUGUUCGCGACUUGUUCGUAAUUUUACGUUCUUCCGUUUUCACCGCGUGUACAAACGGUGAGAAUAUCAUACGUGUACGUAGACGUACUCUGAUAUCCAACACGCCGUGUCGUAAUUUCAGUGAUUCUUCACGCGCAGUUUCGCCACUUUUUGCAAAAAUACAACCGCGCGCGCUCGCAUACACACGUACACACACACACACACAUACAUACACACAAACACGCACAAACGCAAAGAUCGUUCCCGUCGCGCGCGCCACAAACUAUACUGUAUUUAAAGUUAAUCGAGAUCGAUGUGCACAAUCUAUUGAGGAUAGCAAUAUUACGGUUUCUUCCGACCCUUCCCCCGACGCAGCGUCGCGGAUAGCGUUCUUUUUCGGGAGCUUGCGCGAGCCAAGCACAGCAAGUUGAAAAUUGAGAAAAUCCUUAUUUGUAAUUAAUUACACACACAGACACACACAGACACACGCGUCUCUCGAUAUGUAAGAAGAAAUAAGAAACGAUCAUCGACUCCCGGUCCGCACGAUACACGAUUCUAGAUUAAGACAAUCCAAUCCGUAGCUUGUAUCAUCGUUAUUACUGUAAUGCAGGCACGAUGAGCUCGUGAGAGGAGUGUGAACCGACGCAAACGUAGUGAGACCACGCGUCUCGUAGGUGUCACGAUAUACGCUCGGAGGAGGCGAAGCAGAGAGAGAGAGAGAGAGAGAGAGAGAGAGAGAGAGAGAGAGAGAGAGAGAGAGUUUGUGUGUGUGUGUGUGUGUGUCUGUGUGAGUGUGAGAGUAUGAAGGUUCGCGUUAGUAUUUAUCACUAUUAAUGUAGACGUACUCGCUGUGAAAUGAGCGGACCGAAGAGGCGGAUUCGUCCUUCCAUGGCCAAUGAUGGCGAUUAACGUUGGUGCUCGCAGUAACGAGGAAUUCGGGAAUCGAGAACUCGCUAAUCGUCGUCGCGCACACGAUCGAGGUACACACACCCUUUCGAUUUCGCUGUAUAAAAGUGACUGUAAGAUAGCAGAUUUGUUACUCUCUCUAGACCUGGUACUGUAAAUUAGAAAUAAUUAAUGCCCCACCGCUGUACAUAUAUAUAUAUAUAUAUAUAUAUACACAGACAGAUACACACAAUACACACACGCUCACGUAGAUAAAUAUCAGAUGAAUUCCAGAAUUACGUUCGUACGUACCCAUCUUAUAAACUACACAACAUCUUAUCCGUGUAUUCAAUGUUUUCCCUUUCACCGAAGUGACGACUUCGUUACUUACACCGUGCAGCAGCAGCAGCAGCAGCAGCAGCAGCAGCAGCAGCAGCAGCAACAGCCGCCGCAGCAGCAGCAAUAGCAGAAGCAGCCGCAGCAGCAAAACUUCAAUAAAACCGAAUGAUCUGAGCCUACAUUUAUUCACCCAUCAGUUCGCAAAUCAUAGUCGAGCGUGUGACGAGCCUUUGUUUCGCGGACGAGUUUUGGAACGAAUCUCGCGUAAGAGACGCGCACGAUGCAAAUUGCUGACGAGGACACCGAGAAGAGAUCACGAUGAUUUCGCCAUAAUACGCUUGAUUUUACACAUGAUCUCGCCGCAUGUUAUUUCGAGGGAUCGCGCUUCGCUUUAUGAAACUACAAUUUUUCUCGCGCGUCAGCGAGAAGCGCCGGUUGCAUUAUGGAAUUUUUACGACAAUUAUCCGCGUAAUCAUAAAGUUAAAUUUGAUGAUCUCAUUAUUCGCGAUAAACAAGGUAAUGACGUAGCUUUUAAAUCGCAAGGAAAGAGAGAGAGAGAGAAAUAGAGCACGCCAACCACCUGUGUGGCCUUAUCGGGCUUUCCACGGGGGCAAGGGGGGAUCACGUAUGCGUGAUCCAUUUAAUCGAUGCAUUUCGAUCACCAUCUCUCGGGGUUGCAGCACGUUUUUUAGUAAUUGAGUCGCACCGCACGAUCGCGUCGUAUAAUUAGUCACUGAUUCGUAGGUGUGGAAAAAACGGUGUGAAAACAGCGACUGGAUAUUUCCGAAUUUUAUCUCGUUCCAGAACUCGGCCGGCUUUUUUCUUUUUUUUCUUUUUUACCGAAGGGCGACAUACAUCUGAUAUUUCUGUCGCGAUAUUCCGACUCGCGAGGCGCCAACUCUCUUUUCCUUUCUCGCGACAACGCGCCGCACGAUCGUUUCGUCGAAAAAUGCCGACACUGCGCGCCGUAAUAAAUGUAGGUGACGAACGCACUACGAUUAAUCAGCAGCCAAUAGAUAACCGUGAACGAUGUAACGUUGUGUUAAACAGUAUCGUGUGAAGCAUGUAAAAUCACGCCACCCGGAGCAGCGUUUCGCUCGUUUCUCGUCGGCGUUUACACGGUCACGUAGGGCUCGUGUAAACUUGUUGAACGUUUGUACGCGAAGAGAGCACUUAACGCGGGGGAAUGUACUGUACAUUAGUGUAAAUUUAUAUUUUUGGAUGAAAACACAAAGAAAUGAAGAGGAAGCGCGAGUCGCGUGCGCUGGAGGAAUCUUUCGGACGGAGCCGGAGAGCGCCGCCGUAGAAUCGAUCUCGCAAUCGAUCAAUUCUCAGUUUCGGGACGACCUUCCCUUCUUCAGUCUGCCAAUACCACUUCCUUGUUACGAAAAUUUCUACGCGUCUAACGCACAAAAGGGGACGGAAAAGUUCCUCCAACGUUGAAUUGUAGGUGCGUUUCUUUCACGGAGUUUUUCGUGAGACCAGAAUCGUGUAGAAUAUUUUUUCUUUUGCUUUUCUUAAAGGCAUCAACUUCGAAAUAUUUUACGACUUUGUUGUUGUUUGUACGAAAGUGCCAUAUUAUGAUUUCGUGAGUGAGUAAGACAGGGGAAAAUAUGCAAAUUGAUAAACGAAAACGAUACGAGACGCCCAGAAUUUCGGAGAAUCCACGAAACAAUUUGUUGGAAUUUUAAAAGUAAUUAAAUAGCGCAUCAAAUAUGUCUCCUUGGGGAGGGAUAAAGAAAUAACAUUGGAUUAUCGAGAAAAAAAAAUAAACCGUGGUAACGCGUAUUCAUCGGUAUUCACACUAUGAUUAUUCGAGAAAGUACUCUAAAAUGAAUUCAAUAUGCGUGCUCGCUGUGUAUAUGCGGUCGCGUACGCGUCCACAUGAAGGAUUCUCCACAAACAGGCGCUGCACUUGCAACAGGCUGUGCAUUUCGCGAAGAGAGUGGAUUAAAGUAAUUCUCAUUUAUUACGUUACCUUUGUAAAUCUACGUUUGCACGUAGAACUUUUGCGAAACCGAACGUUACCGCGCAAUUUUAUGCAUGCGAAAUACGUGCCGACGGAAUUAUGUUUAAUCGUUAUACACACACGCACACAUACACGCACACGCAUACACAUAAACACACACACAAACAACACACACAAUCGACACGACGCGGAAGUGGUUACGCGACUUUCUUAUUAUCUGUAAUAAUAUUACUAAUAACGACUACAGUGUAUGAGUAUUAACAAAUUUAUUAAUGAGAAUAAUAUAUUAUUGCGACAGUAAUCUAUAUAAGUGUUGUGAAUAAUGAGAUAAUAUUGUUGCUGUGAUUAACUUUAAGAUUGUAAGUAGUAGGAAAUAUAGAACCACUGUUAGGUGUCACUGUCUCGACUCAAUAAAUGUUAUUUCAUUUUAA